GGAAAGACGCGUUUUUCUCACGUCCUCUUUUCUGCCGGUUAUUCGGAAAAUCGCAGUCGCAGUCGCCAACGCAGUUAUCGGAUGAAUCUAUGCAAUCGCACAGAUAAUUAUUUUGGCCAAAAAUAACAGCAACAACAAAAAAACGCCGAUCUGAAAGAUACGAGUACGAAACCCAACGGAUUGCCAAUUUGUUUAUAUGCCAUGGUUGCGUGUGUGUGUGCGCGAGUAUCUGUGUGAGCAGCGCGUGUAAACAAAAAAAAGGAAAGAAAAAAAAGAAGAAAUAAAAAUAAACGAGCAGUGUAUCUUCUUCGGCUCUGAUAAGCUGACAAGUUUGAUAAAACACCAACCGAUGGUUGUUGUUAACAGCUAGGAAAACACAAGUGCUACUGCAUAAGAAAAACCCCCCUCUCUCCGCCCCCACGCCGUCUAAAUUACGAAUCCAAACAAAAAGCGCCGGCUAGCGGAAUAAGUGAAAUUCAAGAUACAAUUGUAAAUACAGCGGAAUUAUUGGAAAAUAUACACAAAUAGCAUCGGUAUCGCCGGUGGCGCUGCGAAUUAAAGCCGUGAAAAAUUCGCUGAAACAACAACAACAACAACUACAAUAACAACGACAACAACAACAGCAGUAAGCAAUUAUUGUGCGAAGUAUACGACUAAGUUCUUAUCGGUGUGCGAUCGUUGUUGUUAAUAUUAUUAUUCUAUAUGCUGGUUCGUUGAGUUGUUGUUAUUGCCUUAGCCGGCGUCGCGUCGGUGUUAGUGUGUCGGUGUGUUUGUGUGCAAACGAGUUUGCAAAUACAACAAAAAGGAAGCAAAAAAUUAUUGCAGUUACGGUGGCAAGUGUUGCAGAUAUACCAGCGGCAGCAACAGCAGCAGCAACAACAACAACAACAAGUUAGCCAGAAACCAACACACGAGAGGCCACGAAAGUAUGGGAAUGUAACAAAUCUGAAUGAAAGUGCUGAAAUGAAAUAAAUCCUAAGUGCAUAAGAAACCGAAAAUACCACUUGUAAAUGACGAGCGUGUGCAAAGUGUAGAUAAUCACAUAUUAGCCGUAUAUUAUUCGUAUAUAUAGGCCAAUAUCCAAUCGCGAGUGCUAGAAUGCUGUCCACCACAGCAUCGUUCGUCAUCGGGAUGCAGCAAUCUGUCUGAAAUCAAAUCAAAUUAAGCCAAUCAAAAUAUAUCUGUCGCUCUAAGUAACCAAUCGUCGUAGCCAAUCAAAUCAAAAUUGCAUCAAAAGCAACCUCAAAUUGUUGCCCCACCAGCAGUUUGAGUGCACCUUUCCGUCGGCCCCACUUCCCGAAACAUUUAAAAACGGCCUCAAAACGGAGUCCCUAGAGUUUCUGCGGUGCGAGGAGGAGGACAUCAAGAUGGAUAUCCUUCCGAGUGGCAACAUCUUCAGCGAGCUGGAGCGGAUCUGCACCACCGGCUACUACUCGUCGCAGCCGUCGAUCGAGGAUCAAUGGCAACAGACCUGCUACGAACUGGAGCGCUAUCUGCGGGACGAGCCGAAGCUGCAGAAGAAGAUGCACGGCAGCCUGGACAAUCCGUGGGACAUCUUCUCCACACAGGCCCGCCUGCUCGAGGAGCUGAAGAUCAAGGACCAGCACCUGGACACGAUCUCGACCACCUCCUCGGUCUCGUCCAACUGCUCGGGCGCCUCCUGGGACAGCAACGGCUCCCAGGCGCUCAGCUGCUCGGUGCUGGUCAAGCAGGAGCGGAUCGACGAGGAGGACGACGACGUGGGCUGCGACGACAAGCUGAGCGUGCUGCUCGCUGCCCCGCCCUCGGCCAUCUCCCCCAAUCCCAGCAUCGGCAGCGCCGGCAACAUGACGCCCACCAGCAUCAGCCACAGCAUCAGCAGCAGCAGCAAUAGCAAUAGCAACAGCAUUGGCCACGGCAUCACCAGCAGCAGCAGCAGCCACAUCCUCGCCAGUCCGCUGAGCAGCCUGGGCAGCGGCAGCACCAUCACAGUGAGUUCCCGCAACAGCUCGGCGCCGGGCAUCAAGGUGCGCGUGGUGCAGGCCAAGAGUCACCCGGGCAGCAAUGCGAGGAUGCACCUGGGCCAUGUGCAGGACUUUGUGCUGCCCACGCUCACGCCGCCCUCGUCGCCGGAGUCCAACCUGCGCAGCCACAACUACGCCCAGCAGCUGGAGGCCAACGACCUGGCGGCACUGAUACAGCAGCAGCAGCAACAGCAGCAGCAACAGCAGCAGCAGCAGCAGUCGCAUCCACAGCCCAGCAACGCCACACCCGCUACAGCAAUCCUGCGCUUCACCAGCCAGAGCAAUCCCACGAUGACGCAACUGCAGCAGCAGCAGCAGCAGCUGGCCGUCCAGCAUCUGAGCAUAUCGCCCCAGGCCCUGGGCCACACCAGCAGCACCGGCGGCAGCAACUCGCCCAAGAGCAGCAGCAGCAGCCACAGCAGCAACAGCAGCAGCAGCAGCCACAGUAGCAGCAGCAGCAGCAUCAGCAGCAGCAGCAGCAGCGGCAGCAGCGACCAGCCGACACACAGCAACAUUCCGCGCAGCACCAUCGUCCGGCUGACGACGGCGAACGGGAAGCCGGGAGCGGCUGGCAUCAGUCUGGCCCGCGUCAUCCAGAUGCAGAACAACGGCAAUGCCAAUGUCGCCGCCGUGCUCAGUGCGGCAGCCAACAGCAGCAGCAACAGCAACACCAACGGCAGCAGCAACACCAGCAGCAACAGCAACAGCAACACGGCGACGCCGCAGCAACAGGUGCUGUCGCAACGGGCUGAAAAGUCGGCGAAUGGCUCCUCGAAACCGCACCACCCGCGCCAACAUCACAGCGAUCACAGCCCGGACGCCAAGCGGCGGAUACACAAGUGCCAAUUCCUGGGCUGCAAAAAAGUCUACACGAAGAGCUCGCACCUGAAGGCCCACCAAAGAACGCACACAGGUGAAAAGCCGUACAAGUGCUCCUGGGAGGGCUGCGAAUGGAGGUUUGCGAGGAGCGACGAGCUGACCCGCCACUACCGCAAACACACAGGUGCAAAGCCGUUCAAGUGCCGCAACUGCGAUCGCUGCUUCUCGAGGUCCGAUCACCUGGCGCUGCACAUGAAGCGCCACAUGUGAGGCGAGAUUUAAGCAGGGCCAUCCGGAGAAGCCGGGAAAUCCAGAGGCGGAGGGGAGGAGGAGGAAUCCAGCGGAAACUGUGUGCCAUCAAGGAACGAUGAAAAACUUGCGAAACGCUAAUCAAAACCACUUUAUUCGUGGAGCAGAGAGGGGUGUGAAAGUAAUCGAGGAAAGUAAAGCAACUAGGAAAACAUCACAACACAGCACAAAGAUGGAAAUUCAUGUUCUCUGAUUCCGAUUGACAUUUGUGUUGCCAUUAUUGUCGCCGUUAUCGUUUUCGUUAUCAUAUGGUUAUCGUCGUUAUCGUUUCAAUUGCAAAUUCGAUUUGUUUCAAUGCCUUGCUAAGAAUAAGUUUAAGCUUUAGCAGCCUGAUCGCAUUUCCCCAAUCACACCUAGCAUUUAGCCGCAAGUUCUGAACAAACAGCAAAAAUUGUGUACAAUUUACCAAAGCUAAGCUGAUUUCUUUAAUUAGUAAAGCAGCAACAAAAAUCCAGCAUUUGCUAAAAAAAUACAAAAAAAAUAGUAACUUAAUUAAAAAUAAUAUUUUUGUUUUCAUAAUGUGAACACUGCCAAAAUGAAAAUGUAAAAAAAAGCAAACAAAAAAAACAAAACAAAAAACUAAAAGCUAGAAAAAAUAUAUGUACAUGUAAAGAAUUAUGAUAAGUAAUUAGUUUCAUACGUCAGCAUCAGUAAAUAGAAACACAAAUAUUACAAGAAAAGAGUAAAAGUGCAAAAUAUGUUUUAAACAAAACGAAAGAAAACAGAAAUCGAUGGAAAUGCUUAUUUUCUUAAUUUAAUUUUAAAUGUAUUUUAAGUGUUGCCUAGGUCUGAAAAGUUUCACAUUUCACCGCACCACUCAAAAUUGAAAACAUUAAACACAACGUUUAUUGAAUGCCUAAAUUAAAUAUAAUUGAUAUUCGGAAUACGACAUAGACGCAAUUUUGUUGCUCUGUUUUUAUUGAAUAUACGUAAUUAUUUAAUGUAAACAAUUUCUCUUAUGCAUUGCCUAAGUGAUGGAAAGUAUUACAAACACAUUUUGAUAUGUAUACCUAAUUUAAUCAAAUCAAAAUUUGUAUUCUCAAUCGAAACAAAAUUUACCUUCGACCUAACAUACAAAUUCUUCUUUACGUGCCUCAUUAAUGUUAAUUUAAACAAAUCAAUCAAUUCAAUUCCCUUUAGCUAAGCCACAUUUUUUUCGGAAC